ACACCAUCCUGGCACCGUUGCACGAAACCGUGCGCACCAUGGGGCAAGCGCGACUCUGGGAGAGGCUCAGCCGGCAGGUGGAGAGCCGCUGGCUCAAGGUCGCCUUCUCAGUGGCGCAAGCUUUCUCCAGCAGCUCACCAGUGGACAGAGGCAUGGUCGAAGACCUGGGCAGUUCCUUGCGCGGGUUCCUUUGCGUCCUCUUUGGCGACAAGCACCCGGAGGAGUGCGGGCCUCUCGCCAGCCCACUGGAAGGCAUCAUCCGCAGCCUGAUCUCCAGCCAGACCUGGAGCAACCUCAGCUCCUUCCUGAGGAACAACCUGAAGGUGGACGUGCGCGGCGACCCCGUGGGCUUCCUGGAGGCCCUGUCACGAGCCGUGACGAGCAGCGGAGACCUGCAGCUGAUGUUCAACACCGUGACCCCCAUGCUGAGCGUCCUGGGCGUGCAGGGCAGCACCCUGCAGGCCGUGUCGUCGGCGGGGCGCUUCAUGCAAGCCGUGCUGGGCUACGACACUGCAGAGAUGGACAACCUGCGCAGCCUCCCGGGCAACCUCAUGGACCAGAUCGGCACGCGCCUUUACAGGCGCGUGGUGCAGAAGAUGGAGGAGGUGAACAGCUUCCUGCUGGAGGAAGCCGCUUCCACGCUGGGCAUGCAGCAUCAGCAGGAUCCUCGGCAGUUCUGCCAAGAAGCUGACUUAAGACAGCUGCUUCUCUGGGGUGUAAUGAAUAACAUCACCUGGGACCACCAAGGGAUGGGCUUCAGUCUCCAGGAUCUCCUUUCCUUGCUGCUCUUUGCCGCCUGCGAUGACGACGCACUUUCCGAGAGCCCGCAUCAGCACACACGCGACUCCCUCGCCAAGGGGCCCCGUUCUGCCUCCAAGUUCUUUGAAAACGACCAAGCACAGGGGCAGAAGACUGUGAAAAAGCAGUGCGGUAUAGAGCCACCUUACUCGGGCUCCAUGGCCCAGUCCGUUUACUGCAGCGUCUUCAGCACUGUCAUGAACGACGCAAACUUCGAGGAUGCCUUUGCAGCGUGUCGAAAUGUUUCCCGGAUGUCGGACAUGUCAGAAAACUUUGGCAUUGUGUACACGUGCGGCUGGGUCAGUUUGGUUCGUUUCAACGAGUCGAUUUGCAAUGGGGACGGUUUUUCGGAGGCCAGUACUAGUCCUGGUCAUUGGUUGCAAGCUCGCUGCAGUUACCUGCAGCGCGAAAAGGUACACGGAGGAACGGAAAGCGGCUUCAUAUGCGACAACAUCCUGUGGUUUGUGAAGCCGUUUGGAUUCAGUGUCUUAGACUUUUGCUUCGAUCAAAGCCCAGCACGUUUCAUCAGUGCCAUUUGCUCCUACCCUCAUCCCACGGAUUACAAUGUCUCUGUCCUGGUUAAAUACUGCAAUCAGGAAAGUAACGUCACAACAAAUUCCGGCAGUGAGUUUUUCGUGAAGGAACUAGAAGAGAUUACUUUGCACUGUCGGGACUUGAACGUCGUCGCAAAACGCAACUUCAGCUACAACGUCGUUGAAAUCUGCAACGUGUACAUGUGGUGGGCAGUACGAAAUGUUUUCUGUGCAAACAAUAGCCUCCUUGAUAACUUACAGACGGACCUUCCGUGGCUGCACGCAUUCUGCGGAAGCCCUCAAGCAGAAACCACCAUGGCCCACCUGGUGGCCAACAUGUCCACGGGAGAACUGUCGGCACAUUCUGACACCAUAAAGAAGUUUAUUUUAAGAGGUUUCAAUGAUACGACUGAGACACACUUCUCCGUACCCAAUUCUACCACCAUUGCAUCGACAAAUAUAACCCAAGGGGAGGAGGUUCUUGCCCGUGGCCUCGACUCACUUGCGUACAACGGCUCGGACACUUACCACGGUCCGGUAAGACGGAACCGUUUGCCAAGCGCGCGGCCCCGUAACGCGUCGGUCGGAAGCAAAAACGCGAGGGAGUCUCUCCCCGGGCAAGAUCCUUCGGUAAAAACGUGCGUGAGGCUGCCAUCGCUGCUCAAAAACUUGGUGUCCCUCGUCUGGAGCGACGGCACGGGCUUCGCCGCCGAGCCCGAGAUCACGACCGCCUGGCUGCGUCUCGCCACCGAGGACAUUGGGCAGCAGCUGGUGGAGGACAUCGACGAGGCCAUCUUCCUGCUCAGCCUGCUGAGCAGCAAUGCGUUCCAGGCGUACGCCAAGCCCACCGCCUCGCUCAGCAUCCUCCAGUCGAUCAGCGGCUUCCUGCACAGCGUUCCUCCCGACAAGGGCUACCAGCUGCUGUCCUGCUUUGGGGGUACUUUGUGGAAUUUAAUGUUUUACGCAGAAAACUCCUCGGAAAUUCUCUUCCUUUUGCAGGAGUACCUGCGCCUGCCCAGCCACGCGAUGGAGACGGUGCUCUUCUCCAGCGAUGAUGUCACCGUGCGAUACUUCCUGUCCGAGCUGCGCCAGGCUUGGCACGACCUCUCCGUGGAGGAACGCUCGGAGCACUUGCUGAAGCCCAUGGUCGGCUCACUACUGCGCCGAUUCCACAACCUCACAGAGGACAUCUUCCUGGAGAUGGUGCAGCUGCUGCCGUACCUGAGUCCCGCCGACAUCACCGCCUUGCCGGCCACACUGCUCGAGAGCCCCAGUGUCCUCACCGCGGCGCUGGCGUCGUGCCCGGCGCUGCGCAAGGAGCAGAGACAGGCGCUGGCGCGCCACGUCGCACGCCGGCCCGGCGGCGUGGCCGGCUGGUCCCCGCAGUUCCUCGAGUCACUCGCGCCGCUGCUCACCAGCCUCCCCAUCAGCUACUUCGUGCAGCUCACAGACCAGCAGGUGCUGUCGGUGGUGAGCCUGCUGGACAGCAGCUCGGCGGACACGGCGCACUGGCGGCACGUGAGCCACGUGGCUCUCAACGGCAACACCGGCAACCUCACGGAGAGAGACGUCCACAGGUUUGGCAGGGUGCUGUGUUACACAAACACAGAGGACCUGGCGCAGUUGAUGGGGAAUCAACCCGUCUUCCGGAGCGUCCUUCAAGCCCUGAUCUCCUGCAUAGAGAAGGGCGCCAUUGACAUUGACGGCAAGCUCGCGUUCUUCAUCGCCAAGAACCUCGGCGUCGCUGAGGCCUCAGAGCUGACGCAGGAUGACCUGGCAGAGAUGGCCUACCUCCUGCCGGCCCUGGGGUUGGCGUAUACGCAGCAGCUGCCCAGCCAGCUGGUGCAAGCCGGCGCUCGCCACAUCAACUCGAUCACCUACGCUCCGGCACAGGCUCGAGUGCUUGCUGAAAAAUUCAUUCACGAGAGACAACUGACGGCGCAGGUCGUGGGGCAGCUGGGCAGCCUGGUGUGUGGGCUGCCGCCAUCUAUGCUGCGCACUCUGCCCCCGGCGGCCCUCACCCAGGGCUGGCCGGCAGUGAGGCCCCACGCUGCCUGCCUGCGUGCCGCACAGAGGACGGCCAUCAUCUCAACAUUCAGGCGCUCCAAGAUUGACUGUCUGGAGUGGAUCGCGCGACUCGGCCCCCUGCUGUCUGAUCUGCCGUUGGUUGACCUGGACUUCCGCUACCCGGCGCAUGCUGCCAGCCUUCCGGCACUCGCCGACAUAAACUGGACUCCUCACCAGGCACAGUCCCUUUUCAGAAGGAUUCUCAAGGGGCACAGUGGAGAGCUGAAAAAGGAAUUUAUACUGUCUCUGGGGACGGUUUUUCAAGGUGUGGACUGUGAGACUUUGAUGGCAUUUUCCCAGGAUCCUGAGUUUCUGGGUUUGGUGCAUCACCUGUUGUUGGUGGCAGAGGUGGUCAGGACAUCUCUGUGCAAGUGCAUUGUGGCUUGGAUUGAAAACAAAUCUGAAAUAACCGUGGAAGAAAUCAUCUUGAUGGGACCUCAGCUUGUCAUGGAGUUGCCGAUGAAAACGCUUUCCUCAUUUCCCAGCAAAGCAUUCAAGAUGGCUGUGGACAUCAUCACCCAAAACCAAAUACACUUCCUCAAUCUGGAACCGUCCAAGCAGAGGCAGCUGACAAAAACAAUCUUGGAGCAGAUGCCACUGCCAGCCGCUGUGCAGAUUGGCGGUGAGUACCUCGACUCGCUGGGCUUCCUCGUGGGCUUCAUGGAGGAGGUAGUGUUGCGCAGGAUGUCUCGCCCGGAGCUGCUGUUGCGGUUGGGCGAGCUGCACGGGUACUGCCUCCCGGCCCCAACGCUUGACGCCCUGGGACUCAUCCUCACGCAGAACGAUGCCCUCGGGGGUGCUGACAUGUGGAGUCUGGCUACCGUGGAGCAGCUGGGGAGGUUGGUUCUUGCCCUGCCUCUGGAAGACAUCUACCAGCUGCCCAAGGAGGUGCUGAGCAUGGAGGUGGUGGAGUUCGUGCUGCGGGCGCAGUGGCGCUGGGAGGCGAGCGCCGUGGGAAGGGUGUGCACGCGUCGCCUCGGCGAGAGGGCCCGGCUGGGCCUGCUCAGCAAGGCUCGCGCUCUCGCCGAGCGGAGCUCCCACAUGGAGCACGGGCAGCGUGGAGCUCCGACGUGCGCCGACAUCAAGGCCACAUUCCCCGCGGUGUGGACCCCGGGCCAGCUGGUGCGGAUGUCUGGGAAGGAUUUCUACGACUGCCUGGAGACACUGGGGGCUGACGAAUACCUCUCGCCCGAGCAGCUGACGGCCAUAAUGCAGAGAGUGGGACAGCUGCAUGGCGGAGCAGCGCGGCUGCCCCCCACGAUGAUUCAGCAGCUGGGCCGCGCUGCGACGCGUCUCGCGCCGCGCGAGCUGCUUGAGCUGGACCUCACCGACCCGGCCGCCCUGGCCUCACUGGGUGCCCUCGAGGGAUGGGACCGCAAGCAGUUGGUGGCAGGUUUCCGGAGUUUCGUACAAAGGAGUGGGUCAUCGGUGGCGGAGAUGGACUCGACCGAUCUGGUGAUGCUGGGACACUUCAUCUGCGGCAUGACGCCGACCGACAUCUCGCGCAUCAACGCGCGGCAGUACAGUCGGGCAGCCCUGGCGAUCGGAAGGCUGAGCCUGCGCUGCACAGAGGCCCAGCUCAACUCCUUGGUCAAGGUGGCGAUGAGCUCCUCAGCCUUUGGCCUCCCAAGCAACUGGGGUCUGGAGGUCUUCACGGAGAUCGGGUCUGUUGCAGUAGGUCUCUCCGAUGUGGUCCUGUCAGCCUUGGUCAAAGAACAAAUCGAGGGCCUCACAUCGACCGCCAUUGCAAUUAUGCCUCCACGGAAAUUCGCUGUGGUGUUCGAGGUGAGCAGCCUGCAGCACUUCACGGCGGCGCAGGCGGAGGCGGUGACGGACGAGCAGCUGGAGCAGCUGUCGCCGCUGCAGCGGCACGCGCUGCUCAACGUGCGGCACCGCGGGGAGACGGUCCCCGACGGACGGGGUCGUUCAUCUGGUCGCCUUUUAAGGUCCCUAACUCCCAUGACUACCACACUGCUCGUGGCUUUGUGUUUAUACUAACUGGUGCUGGUGUUUACAGCUUGCAGCAAACAAGCAGCCUAAAUGCAAUCUUGACAAUGCCUGUGGUUGAUAU